UCUCACACUUCCUGUUUCUGCCUGGAAACGUUGAGGAAAAGGCAUCGGAGAGAUAAAACGUUUGGAAAUGGACUGACGUUAUUGGAUUUAUUGAUUUUGGUUAUUAUAACAAUCUACUGUGAGCGUACUGAUCCGCGUUACUUUUAAGAAGAAAGUAACUUCUUAAUCUGUCCAGCGGGCGUACAGUCAUGUCAACAGUGUACAGUGCUAGUUUAUGAUAAAGUGCAAAGAACAGGUUGAGUUCUCGGAUGUGGAGUAAAUUCCUCCGAUCCCUUGUGGUUGGUAGGGCAGUGUUGUACAGAAGGGCUUUCUUCACUAUGCAACUGAAAACCAGUGAGUUUCAGUGUGUGUUCACUGAAGGACUGAAUGGCCUAGCAGAAAUAUUUCAGAAGAAUAACUAUGAGCUCCGAAUUGCUGGGGGUGCUGUACGGGAUCUGCUGUCUGGCAAAAGGCCUGAGGAUGUGGACUUUGCGACAACAGCUACCCCAGAUGAGAUGAAAUCUAUGUUUCAGGCAGCGGGCAUUCGAAUGAUCAAUAACAAAGGAGAGAAACAUGGCACCAUCACUGCCAGAAUACAUAAUGAAAACUUUGAGGUGACUACGCUGCGUGUGGAUGUUCAGACAGAUGGGCGACAUGCAGAGGUUGAAUUUACUACUGACUGGCAACAGGAUGCAGAGCGCAGAGACCUCACUAUCAACUCCAUGUUUUUAGGUCUUGAUGGCACACUGUAUGACUAUUUCAAAGGAUAUGAAGACCUGCAGAACCGUAAAGUUCGAUUUGUGGGCAGUGCUGAGGAGCGAAUCCAAGAGGAUUAUCUAAGAAUAUUGCGCUAUUUUAGGUUCUAUGGUAGAGUGGCUUUGCAACCAGAUGAUCAUGAGCCAGAGACACUUGCUGCUAUUAAAGAAAAUGGGCAUGGCCUGGCAGGGAUCGCAGGGGAACGCAUCUGGGUAGAACUGAAGAAGCUGGUUGUUGGCAACCACGCAGGGCCUCUACUGGAGCUCAUCUACAAACUAGGGUUGGCACAGUACAUUGGUUUACCAACAGAUGGCGACCUUGAGGAGAUGCUGCGAGUGUGGGAGAACUCCAAGCAUCUCUCCCCCAAACCAAUGACGAUCCUGGCUGCUCUCUUCCACAGCUCAGAGGAGGUGGACAAAAUGGACCUCCGAUUGAAGGUGUCUAGAGAGGAGAAGACUUUGGCUCUUUUCCUGGUCAAGUACAGACAUGAGCUCCAGAAAGACAGCGAGCAACCACACAACAUCAAGCCUUUCACUGACUUUAUUAUUGACAGUCGAGAGUUGGACACCCAGAUGAAGGUGUGUGAGCUGCUCAAGUAUCAGGGUGAGGAGAGGCUGCUGAAUGAGCUGAGUCGGUGGUCCAUUCCUCGGUUUCCCAUCAGUGGGCACGACCUGAGGAGAAUGGGUAUCACAUCGGGGAAGGACAUAGGUGCUACCUUACAAAAGCUUCGGGACAUUUGGAAGAAAAGUCACUACCAAAUGGAUAAAGAGGAAUUGCUCAGCUACAUCAAAUCUUAACUAAAUGGAAGCAUAAGUAAGAGCUGCUUUGGCUUUGUGCUGCACUGGUGAAUUGAUCAUGUAAUUAUGGCACUUGCAUGAAUCAAUAGACUUGUUACAGAAAGACUGAAUGUACCUUGCAUCACCAUUCAUGAAUGGGAUCAAAUGCAGUCUUAGAGCCAAGAACAGGACAGAUUUGCAAUAUUUCAACUUGAGUGUGUGAUAUCUGAAUAUACUGUCAAAUAUGAAAAUAUUAGUUAGAAAAAUGCUUUGAUUUUGACUGGCGCUUUCUCCCCAGUUCAACUGAAGUCAUUUUAUGUUUAUUUCCCAUUAAAAGGUGAAUUGCUUUUCA